AUGACUAUUGCGUCAUCGUGGAAGUCGUCGUGGUUCCCCGAGAGGCCUCCACGUCUUCUCCCAGCAUCGGGGCCUUUGGACGCUUCUGGGCGCUGCGGGUACUUGCGCGAGGAGCCCUCGGCUCCCCCAGCGCGGUUCCCUCUUCCCCUCCUCUCUUCCUCCCCGCCUCUUCUCCUCUUCUCCUUCCCUCCGCGGUCCUCGACUCCUCCUCCUCCUGCGCGCCCCUCCGCGCGGCCCUCGCGGGGAGUGAGGCUUGGGUGCGCCGGCGGGGCUGCGCGGCGGCUGGCGGGGGCGCGGGGCGGGGGCCACGCUAGGGGAGGCGCCUGGGCCCGCCCUCCUCCGGGGCGCCGCGGGAGGGGCUCGGGCCGGCGCGGGGCGGGGAGAACCGCCUGGCCCCUCCCCUCCGCCGCCCUCCCCAAAGUUGCCGUCUCCCCCGGGGCCGGCCGGUCUUAUGAUCCGGCGGAUCCUCCUGGGGAGGCCGGGCCGGGGAGAGGGCGCGGGCGCCGAGUGGCGGGGGCAGCGGGCGGGCGCGGCGACCGGGGCCGGGGCGGGGAUCCGGGCGGGGACCGCGGCGGCGGCGGCAGCGCCCCGGGCCCGCCGCCCCCUCCCCUCCGGCGAGGGGAGCAGCCGCUGCAUGGGGCCGGGGGGGCGGCCCUGCGGCGCGGAGCGGCGGCGACGGCGGCGGACCCCCCAGGCGGGCUGGGGCUGAGGCCGGGGCCGGGGCGGGGGCUCCGGGGGUACCAUGCCCGGAGGCCGGCCGGCCGCAGCAUGGCUCACGGGCCCGGCGCGCUGAUGCUCAAGUGCGUGGUGGUCGGCGACGGGGCGGUGGGCAAGACGUGCCUACUCAUGAGCUAUGCCAACGACGCCUUCCCGGAGGAGUACGUGCCCACCGUCUUCGACCACUACGCAGUCAGCGUCACCGUGGGGGGCAAGCAGUACCUCCUCGGACUCUACGACACGGCCGGACAGGAAGACUAUGACCGUCUGAGGCCUUUAUCUUACCCAAUGACCGACGUCUUCCUUAUAUGCUUCUCGGUGGUAAAUCCAGCCUCAUUUCAAAAUGUGAAAGAGGAGUGGGUACCGGAACUUAAGGAAUACGCACCAAAUGUACCCUUUUUAUUAAUAGGAACUCAGAUUGAUCUCCGAGAUGACCCCAAAACUUUAGCAAGACUGAAUGAUAUGAAAGAAAAACCUAUAUGUGUGGAACAAGGACAGAAACUAGCAAAAGAGAUAGGAGCAUGCUGCUAUGUGGAAUGUUCAGCUUUAACCCAGAAGGGAUUGAAGACUGUUUUUGAUGAGGCUAUCAUAGCCAUUUUAACUCCAAAGAAACACACUGUAAAAAAAAGAAUAGGAUCAAGAUGUAUAAACUGUUGUUUAAUUACAUGAGAAACAUCUUCAGUGGCCAAGGAAACUAUUUCUCUCAGAAAGCAUAUGAAAUGCUACCCAGACCUUUUAUAGCUAAUGAAGCAGUUCAAAACUUGAAAGAAAACAAAACCUGUCCUUAGAAUUCUAUAAAGUUUAUUAAGAAUGUUCCUUAAAAGUCUAAAAGCAGUAACAGCAUCUGAAGCCACAAUCUAUUAUAAAUACUUUAUUUCGACUAGAAGGUACAAUCUCUCAGGGGUUUCAUAGUUUAAAAAGCUACAAUCACAUCAUGUUGUAACUACAUAAAAAACAGUGCUGUAAAUGGAACUGCUUGGCUUUGACCAUACACAUUUCUGCACAGCCCUUACGGAAUCUGCACAAAGAAAUAUCUCCCUUUGCUCCAGUUAAUUGUUCUUGUAUGUAAGUUGCUUUCUAUUCCAGUAUAUCCAGAGUGGUGAAAUAACAAGGCCAGCCACGUAGCCAAAGGUCGCUCCAAGCGUACAGGAGAUGGGCCAUACCUGAGGAGAGAAUGUAUGAGAUCAAAAAAGAACAAAUGUUUUAUUAUUACUUGAGCACAAGUGUAACCUAAAUAUUUCUAUAUUAAAGCUUACUGUGCUUUCUUAAAGAAUGCCAAAAGUGUAAUAAGGUCAUAAUUGCAUUUAUCAUGAACACUAAAAAUGUACACAUUUUAGUUAAUGUGCGUUAAACUGUAACAAGGCUUCCGGCAAUUGUAGAUUUAGUUUGAUGUUCCCCAAAGUGCAUGAGACACAUGCUAAAAUUACAAAUUAAAAUUCUGGGUCAGACUUUGCCAUAAUGCUGGACUCAAUUUAGCUCUCUGAACUAGUUGGUAAUUUCUUUUUUAAAUUCCCACAUUGGCUGUGUACAUCAAAUGAAAUGAGAAGUGUGUAUGCUGACCAAACCACAAGAAACUUUAAGUUGUGUUAAGGAGGAAAGACCUAGAAUCCAAGCAUGUUACAUUAAAAUUAUAACAGAGCAGCUGCUUCCACCUUUGAGAUAUAGAUGUUGGAACCACAGCAGAAGUUAUAGAAUGACAACUUAUAUACACACCUAGAAUGUAAGUUAAACACAAUACCAGCUUCCAGAGACCCAUUUUCUCCAGCCUCACUCUGCUUAAGUGAGGUAAUUAAUGUUGAUUUAUUUCAUCUGCAAGCAGUGCAUGUGUUAGUCCCUAAGUGAAAGGCUCUGCUUAAAAAAAAAGUUGGAGAAAAUUUUCCAUGUUCUUCUGUGAAGCUUAUUUGGUACACUGGAGCCACUUCUAAUCUUUCUCUGGGGGAACAGGCCAUAGAACUGUGUUAGAGGUGAACCAUCUUAAUUGCUAGUUCUAUUACCUAAUUCAGCUUCCUUGUUUGGUCUGCUGUGGAUCUGCCUUAUUGAAAAUGCCAUGCAUAAGAUAAUGGUGUUAGACAAAGCUUCAUUGUGAACCUAGCAGUUUAGAGAAACAAUCUCAUCUAUACAUUUUUUUCUAGACUUUCCUACAUUUAAACUUGCUGUUGCCUAAAUUAUGAUUUUUUAAAUGUCUUUGGUGGACUUCUGUUAAUUCACAUAACUUGGGCUUACAGCUAUGCCUAUCGCACAGAUUGGGUAAUGGAACACUAAACUUUUAUACUUGAAAAUGACAGCCUUAAAUGCUCAUAUCAGUCACAAAUCUAGGAUGUACUGUCUUGUUGUAUGUGAGCUUUGUAGAGAUUUUUAAAAAUAUAAGCAUCACCUUCCCAUUGAAGAGUGGAGAGAGUCUACUGGAUGACUGGUCAGGAACUUUCUCUCAGAAUCGGACAUUUGGAUGUCUUCUUUCUUUCAAGAAAUGGUGGUUCACAUUAAGUAUCAUGGCCUUAUGUAUGCUCAAAUGGAAUCUUAUGUAACUUUCUUAUUUAAUUUUGGUCUGCUAUUUUUAGAUAAAAUUGAAAGGAAUUGUAUAAAUCAAUUAACAUAUUAGCUAAGUUGUCCAACACAUGGUAUAAAAGAAUUACAACAGUAAACUGUUAUACAUUUCUAACUUGC